UCCUCCUGGCUGAGCCCAUAGAGAACGAAUGUAUGGAGGGCCUGACGCUGAAGAUCACCGACUUCGGCCUGGCCAGAGAGUGGCACAAGACCACCAAGAUGAGCACCGCCGGCACCUACGCCUGGAUGGCCCCCGAGGUCAUCAAGGCCUCCACCUUCUCUAAGGGCAGCGACGUCUGGAGCUACGGCGUUCUGCUGUGGGAGCUGCUAACAGGAGAGGCCCCCUACAAGGGAAUCGAUGGACUCGCCGUUGCCUACGGAGUCGCCGUCAACAAACUCACCCUGCCCAUCCCUUCCACAUGCCCAGAACCCUUUGCACAGCUCAUGUCAGAGUGCUGGGACCAGGACCCUCACCGAAGGCCCAACUUCAGCUCCAUCCUGGCUCAGCUCACAGCCCUGGAGCGGCAGGUGAAGGAGGAGAUGCCCCAGGACUCCUUCCACUCCCUGCAGGAGGACUGGAAACUGGAGAUUCAGGACAUGUUCGACGAGCUCCGGGCCAAAGAGAAGGAGCUGCGCUGCCGCGAGGAGGAGCUGAAGCGAGCGGCCCUGGAGCAGAAGUCCCACGAGGAGUUCCUGCGGCAGCGCGAGCAGCAGCUGGCCCAGUGGGAGCAGGACGUGUUCGAGCGCGAGCUCAGCCUCCUCAUCCUCCACCUCAACCAGAACCAGGAGAAGCCCAACGUCAAGAAGCGCAAAGGCACCUUCAAGAAGCACAAGCUGAAGAGCAAGAACGGCGAGAAGAUCAGCAUGCCACAAGAUUUCAUCCAUAAGAUUACAGUGCAAGCGUCCCCUGGGCUGGAGAAGAGGCGGAACUCUCCCGAUUUGGGCUCGGGAUCCUCACCUUCCUUCGGGCCACGUUUCCGUGCAAUCCAACUGAGCCCCAGCGACAACAGCAGGACCAUCGGGCUGGGCUCGGUUUGGCCCUUAGAAGGCCCCUCUCUUAAACAGGUGAACGGCGACUUGAGGUUGAGCCCCCACUGGAGGCCCCAGAGCCCAAAGAGCCCCAAAAGCCCUAAAGUCCUACGGCUCAGUCCGCAGGAUAGCAGCCUGUCGAUGAGAGCCAAGCUCCUGGAAUCGGACAGCAACGAGAACGGCGAGUCCAGGGACGACUUCGAGGAGUACAGGCCCUCCACCCCGACCCCUCUGCCCGCCCAGAACGGCUCCUCGUCGAAGGACAGCCUGCGCCUCCCUCCCUCCCAGGGAGACUCGGGCAUCGAGGAGGGGGGCUACUCCCCGGCCGGCUCCCCCAUGCCCGGGGGGGCGUCCCUCGGCGGCCUGUUCAAGAACACGCACCGGGCUCUGCUGGGCGGCGGCUCCCUCUUGGCGUCCGUAGGGCUGGGCCGCUGCCUGGACAUCCCGCCCAGGGUCCCCCCCCGAACUAACCUCCCCUCUUUAGAGGACCGCCACUUCUCCGAACUGGAGAUCUCCCUCCCCAAGCCCCUCGUUUCAGACCCCCCGGUCGUGGAUGACCUCAUCACGUUCUCCACCUCCGAGCCCCUCCCCAGGCCGCUCCUGGAAUUAGCCCUGCAGUACCAAGAACUGAAGCCGCUGCCCCUGGCGCCGCCUCCCCCCCCGCCCAACCCCCGCGAGAGGGCCGGCCACCCGCCGCCCCCCUGCCCGCACAGCACCGGGAACCCCCUGCAGCCGCCGGACGGGGUCAGCCAACCAGGGGAGUGGACGGUCGGCUCCGGCUCCAGCAACGGGGAGUUCAGCUCCGAGGUCCAGGAGCACAGAUCGGAGAGGAGGAGGAGGUCCAGCCACGGCCUGAACGCUUCUCAGCUGGUUUUGGACUUGCCCCUGUGCCAAGACACUCAGGACUCUGAGGACAAGGCCUCGGUGCCCUACGCCCUCCACCCCAACCCCGCCCUCUGGAGCCCCAAAACCCGCCGCCUGGAGGUCAGCGUCAUCCCCCGGCCCCGCCCGUCUCCCAUCCGGCCCCGCAUCGACCCGUGGAGCUUCAUCUCAGCGGGCAGCAGGAACUCAGCCGGCGGCCGCUGCCCGGUCCGCUCGGACCUCACCCCGCUGGGGUUCCAGCCCUCGCCCACCAACCCGUUCACCAGCUGCGACCCGUUCCCCGCUCCAGACUGCGACCCCUUCGCCCUCAAGGCGGACCCCCCCAGCGGCCUGGACGCGGCGUCCCCCUUUGACCCCUUUUCGGCGCCAUUCCCCACCUCCCGCUCGGCGCCGUGCUCGGCCAACGGCUCCCCCACGCUGCCCUCGUUCCGGGUGGCGCCCAUCAACCCCGCCGACUCGCCCCUCAUCGACCUGGGCUGGGCGGCCUGCAGCAGGCCUCUGGACGUGACCAAAGAAAGGGCUCACCCGCGCAGGAUACUGGGACUCAAGCCCUUCAAGUCCCCAACGCAGCCGAGAGACGACAGGUUC